AUGUGGGGCCUGGAUGGGGCUCCACACAAGUCCGAUCUGGAUCUGCACACCUUCGUCAAUGGGGUCGAACUUUACUUCAAGAAGAAAGUGGUGGAAUCCUGCAAGUUGGAUUUCGACGCGAAUUCCAGAGAUGCCAACGAGACUCCGGCCGAGAACCUGUCGUUGAAUCAGCCAGGGAAUUUCGACAUUUUCGUGAACAAUUUCAGCAAUCGCGACAAUGCGGACGUCCCAUUCAAGGUGAUCGUGCGGAAAUCCGGCGUGGAGGUGGCAGAGCAUUCCGGAGUUUGGCCCAAGUCGCGCGUGAAGGGCGAACUUUUGAAGGUUUGCGCCGUGACAGUGAGCCCUGAGGACCUGCAAGAGAAGCCAGCCGACAGCCCCAAGGAAGCUGAGAAGUCCGGUAAAAAGGUAAGCGUUAACGCCAUGAAGCUGCAAGUGCAUCAAGCCUUUGAGACUUGGCAGUCCUGCUUUGCGGAGGUUUUAACCCCCACCUUCGCCCGGGACGGCAAGGGCAAGACGGUGAUUUGGAGGAACUUGCGCUCGCCGACAGAUACGCCGGUGCGACUACCAAAGCGAGGUAAUGCGAAGCCAAUGCAUCAUGGGCCUCUCAAAGUGGUGCGUGAAGACGGCUCAGAGCAGGUGCGAUAUUUCUUGGUUUUCAGCGACCGCUUCGAGCACUUCACAGAUGCUGCCAGUGCCCAACGCGGUGAUGAAGGAGGUAUUGUCAAUGCCAUGGACGUGAAAGCCGUUCGUGUGGUGGAAGAAGCCUUCAUUUUCGAGCUGCACAAUGGCAGUCUGGAAGUUCGAGUUCCUGUUGGGGAGGAUAUGGAAAUCUGGGUGUCAGCCUUCCAAUUGCUCUUCCACCCCGGGAAUGAUGCCAGCCAAACGCCCAGCAACAUUGAUGAUGCCGGGCAGUUCAUCAACCGAAGAAGUCCCUUCUUGAAGGAAGGAGGUCAAUCUGCAGAGAGGGGGAAGUUUGAGAAGACAGAAGUUGCUUCUGAGGUCAACGAUGAACGCUUUCAGCAUUGGUUGCAGACGCUGCCAGAAAAGGUGGUGCACUGGGGCUUGCUGGGCUUUCAGCAUAACCAGCGAUUGGCCGUGCGGCUAACAAUCCUUUUCAAGGAUCGCAUGGAUAGCUGGGGGAGUGCUUUGCAGGCCAGCUUUGGAGUGAAGGAGGACAGUCGGAUCUUGAUGUCCAGCAUUCGCGGCGUGGAGACCGUGAGUGGAGGCUUGAUCCUGAACCUUGGAGGGAAAAAGGUGGGCAUUCACGUUGGAGGCAACGACAGCUUGCACCAAUGGUCGAAAGCUUUGCUAACUGUCCUGGCACCCAACAAGGCAAAUCUCUCCACUCAGUUGUCCAGCCCGCAGGAACAGCGAGCAAGGUCGGAGACCCCUCGUGCAACGCCGCGCAAAGGGCGCGACUGGGUUCCUGAGGUGGCCUAUCGAACCACCAAGUCGAUCUUGGCGGGGGAGGGCUUAUCCGGCGCUGGCAAGCGCACCACUGUGGUGCACCGGGGUGUGGCCGUGAACCUCAAGAAGGAGAGGGAUAGUUUGAAGCGUUUCGCAAUCAACACUCACAAGGCUGGCGUGGGAUGCUGA